AUGGCCUAUGACCGCUUCAUUGCCAUCUGCAGACCCCUGCACUAUGGGACCAUCAUGGGCAGCAGAGCUUGUGUCAAAAUGGCAGCAGCUGCCUGGGGCAGUGCUUUUCUCAAUGCUCUCCUGCACACUGCCAACACAUUUUCAAUACCACUCUGCCAAGGCAAUGCUGUGGAGCAGUUCUUCUGUGAAGUUCCCCAGAUCCUCAGGCUCUCCUGCUCAGACUCCUACCUCAGGGAACUUGGGGUGCUUGUCAUUAGUGUUUGUUUAGUCUUUGGGUGUUUCAUUUUCGUUGUGCUGUCCUAUGUGCAGAUCUUCACUGCUGUGCUGAGGAUCCCCUCUGAGCAGGGCCGGCACAAAGCCUUCUCCAUGUGCCUCCCUCACCUGGCCGUGGUCUCCCUCUUUGUCAUCACUGUCAUGUUUGCCUACCUGAAGCCCCCCUCAGUCACCUCCCCAGCUCUGGAUCUGGUGGUCUCUGUUCUCUACUCGGUGGUGCCUCCAGCGUUGAACCCUCUCAUCUACAGCAUGAGGAACAAGGAGCUCAAGGAUGCCCUGAGGAAAGUGAUUUCAUGGACAUUUUUCAGGAGUGGUAAAAUUGCCAUUUCUCUCCACAAUUGA